GCCGUUUCUGGUCCAUCUUGCGAAGCAGGCAGAUGUAGUGUUGUGUGCUGCUAAAGAAGGGGCCGUUCGAGCGUCCGUCCAUGAGUCCUCCGCCUCGUCUCGUCGCCUGCGUUGCGUUGUCUAGGUUGUAAAAGGCUCUCGGUCCCCGCAGACGGAGCUGCGGGGAGGGGGGGAAAGAAAGAUCAGAUCUCGCGAGAGCUCCGAACACGGGCUCAGCUGGCCGUGGCUUUGCAGCAGACGGAAGGAGAAGGCAGGCGAGGCAGGCAGGCAGCAUCAUGGCGGACAGAGACAGUGGAAGUGAGCAGGGAGGAGCGGCCACGGGCCCAGGCUUCGGCUCCAUGCACCUAGCGGCAGGAGGGGCGGGCUCGGCUUCCGGGCUCCAGCAUGAGACGCAGGAGCUGGCGUCAAAGCGGGUCGACAUCCAGAACAAGCGCUUCUAUUUGGACGUUAAGCAGAACGCGAAGGGCCGCUUCUUGAAGAUAGCCGAAGUCGGGGCCGGCGGAAACAAGAGCCGCCUCACUCUCUCCAUGUCCGUGGCGGUCGAGUUCCGAGACUACUUGGGGGACUUCAUCGAGCACUACGCCCAGCUGGGACCGAGCAACCCUGGGAUGGUACAGGACGAGCCCAGGCGGGCGCUGAAAAGUGAGUUCCUGGUCCGGGAGAAUCGGAAAUACUAUAUGGAUCUGAAAGAGAACCAGAGAGGACGGUUUCUGCGGAUCAGACAGACCGUUAACCGGGGGCCCGGGUUGGGAUCGACGCAAGGCCAGACGAUCGCUCUGCCCGCGCAGGGACUUAUUGAGUUUCGCGACGCUCUGGCUAAACUUAUUGACGAUUACGGCGUAGAGGACGAGCCCGCGGAACUGCCGGAGGGGUCGUCGUUGACUGUGGACAACAAGCGGUUUUUCUUCGACGUCGGCUCCAAUAAGUACGGCGUGUUUAUGAGGGUGAGCGAGGUGAAGCCCACCUACCGCAACUCUAUCACGGUGCCCUACAAAGUGUGGUCCAAAUUCGGGAAUACCUUCUGUAAAUACGCCGAGGAUAUGAAGAAGAUCCAGGAGAAGCAGCGGGAGAAGAGGGCAUGCGAGCUGCAGCAACAAGAGGAGAUGCAGGCGGACGAUGGGGACGAGGAUUGAUAAUAGAGAAAACGUGCAAGAGUAACGAAAAAUAACAAGAGAAUUAAAGUAAAAACUCUACUGUAUAAAGAAAGAAUCUAAAUAUUUUAACUGUAAAGGUUUAACUCCAAGGGAGCAUCACUCUCAGUAUAAGAAACCACAACCUGACAGUUAUGACAUGUUGUCACUCAUCGCUGGAUGUUACCCCACUUAUCACCAUUAAUACAGUAACAGGCUGCUAAACAAAGUAAUAACAUUAUAUUUGAACAUUGAUUCCUACUUGACAAACAAUAUUGAACGGAGUGUUUAUUUCCCUUAUUAACAGAGAACUUUUGUACCAGUUAAAGCUAUUGUUAAAAAAGAAAAAAAAGGAGAAGACAAAAGUGUUUGCAAUGUUCAAACGGAAAUAUGAGGAGGGCGGGGGUUCUUUACAUGUGAGCUAAUGACUUCAGCACAAAUCAGAUAUUUUAAUUUUUCAAAAAAAAAAACAACAAAAUUCCAAAUCUUUGUAAAAGGUUGUCACAUGUACUUGCCAUCCUAUUUACCUUUACCUGUGAGUGGAGAUGUGUUUACACAUAAAUCAUAUAUGAGGGCUAGGCCUGCUAUGGAAAGUGGUUAGAUGUCAUGCAGUAUAUUUUAAAAAAAAGGAAUAUAUAGGCAUUUUCAUGAAAUGAAAUAAGUGCUAUCUUUGUUGUGCAAUAUGCAUUUCAGAUAAAUCGAUUUAUAUUGAACUGGUCAACAGUUGACAUGGCCGUUGGUAGAGGCAUUCAAAGAAAUAUAGAUAUUGUAAUUUUUCUUUUUUUUUUUUUUGUUUGAGUUGAAAUUGUUGCCAUGCAAAUCGAUAUAUUAUAGACUACCUUUCUGUCUCGUUGUUGAUGCAAUGUGGUAAUUAUAAAAGGUACGUUAUGUGUUUUUUAUAGAGGAAAUGCAGUGACAACAUGUAGCAAUUUGCCCUAUUUGCAAAUUAUUUAACAAAGACGCACGUCCGUACACAUGAGCUGUGUUAAUUGGCGAAGUUAAAUGCAGAGACGCAUCGAAAUGAGUGGAAAUGGAGAUGCACCGAUCACGAUCGAUGGUUUUCUUUCAAAUCCAGCCAGCUAAUUCUUUUGUGUUUAUCACGUUCUAUUAGAAAUUAAAGGCAUUAUAAUUUUUCUGAUGUCUUUUAGAUGUACUUUUUAAAGUUUUAAAAAUAAUUUCAAAGUACAUGCUAUUUGUUGAUGCGUUUUUUUUUUUUUUUAAUGCAUUUAGAGAAUAGAAAAAGCUUUUUUUUUUCCCCCCCCCAUUAUUUGACCUGCAUAUAACCAAUCAGAGUCGAUCACGGCACAGUCGUCUGAUUCCGAUCGAUUGUUUGGUGCGUCUCGACCCUAAAGGUAACUUUUUGUUGACAUGUUUCGUCUUUAGAGAUGCACCGAUCACUUUUUAUUUUGGCCAGUAACGUUGUGUGAUUUUCUUUAAACUUCGCCAUGUGGAUGUUUAACAGACUCCAAAUUGCAACAUGUGCUGCCAGCUUUUGGUGGGGAGAGGUCAUCAUCUGGGUAAAUGAUCGGUGCAUUUCUUUCUGGAACAUCUUUUCGUGAUCUUGUUCAGUCAUAAGAGUCUACAUGGUGCCAAGGAGUGCUAUUGCUGCAUGUUAACCUGCACUAUAUGAACCGUUUCAUUGAUACGAAUCUCAAGUUUGAGUACUUAUCCAAAAGGCUUUGGCAUAGUUAAAGCAGAAAUGGUAAUCGGAAUAUCACCGUUGGUUUAGAAGGAGGCCCCUCAUUCCCCCCCCCUAUGUGCACACCUGGCUCAGCUGAGGAGGAGGAAGAUGAUGAGGAGGGGGUUUAGUCACCUGUUGGUGGUUCUCCAACUUUAGCCCUACAAGUUUAAGGUCUGAGUGGUUACUCUGGAUGCACGCUUGCAGCUUUACGUCAGAUUUGGGAUUGGAGGCAGUCUGGUCUAUUUGUAAAUAUUCGGGCUGCCACUUGUUAAAAAGACUGGUUCUGGAACCAGUUCAGUCGCAUCUCAUAGAUGUUCGAUAGCAGUUUUAUAAACUCUUUUGUCAGUAAACUCCAGAGAAACUGGCAACAAUCAGAUUAUUUCAGAUUUACCUCAUCAUUGAAUCGAACGAUUGCUCCCGCCUUCCAAUUGACUGGAAACCAGCAAAACUAGAUUGUCCUUUUCCUUGACCACCUUAUUUUUCAGGAGCAUCCGGAUUAAAGCCUAAGCCACAUCUGUACGGGGGAGCAUCCACUUUCAGCAUGUAAAACAACCUGGUGCCUUACACACUCCGCAUGCUUACACGCUGGCCUGGUGCUUUGGAUUGCAGUUUUAGCUUUUCUUUUUCAUGCUUCUUUUUCUUCUUCUUCUUCCAGUUUUGUCUCGGCCCCCUUGUGUGCUAGCGCACGACUCGUGGUGCUAAAAGGGUUUGCUACAAAUCCUGGGAGCAGAAUUCUUAACUCUCUUUCUGCUACCUUCCUUUCUUCCCUAUAUAACUCCAUUGCCAUCCCCUUUUUUAGCCAUCCAGGUAUCGGCCUACAUGUAAACAUGGAAGGGGGUGGUCACCUCGAUGCAAGACGAUGCAGAGGGGCAGGCUUGUGUCUCGCUGAGCGGGGGCUAAUUGUGUGAAAUAAGACCUCGACGGUAAGCCCCCACCCCACUUAAAUUGCUAAUUUUCCAGCUAACAUGGUUAAGUGGUGGUUAUAUGUGGCAGUAAACGGGGAGUAGCGAACAUAAUUAUUGUUUUUUUUCCCCUCUAAUUUAAAUGUAACUACCUUUUCAGCAUUAUUCCACUUUAUUUGUGAUUUUGGAAUGUUUUUGCCCAUAAAAGAAAGAGAUAUAUCUAUUUUAUUUUUGUUUUCCUGUGCAACAUUUCAUCACUGUGUGCAAUAUCAUAUGUGCCAAUGGUGGCAAUAUAUGUAUAUCAAUUAAAUAUAUGAUUAUAAUUUGAAAAGCAUGUGACUGAAUUCCAUGUGUUUUUCUCAUGAAGGAGUCGUACGCCUUUAUUUGCACUCAAAAGUUUCACCCUGGAGAGAGAAAGAGAGAGAGAAAAAAAAAGCGGAAACCAAGGGUCUUAGCAGCCUGUUGGGUCAAGCGGUUCACAUAUGUACUUUAACUUGAAACAGAACAUUGUCACUGCAAAUGUGUCCCUCUAAGAAAAGGGGCGUGGGUUGUUGAAGAUAGACUAUAAACAUCCGAAUGGAGGUUGUUUUUGUUUUUGUUUUUUUUUGUUUUUUUAUGAUAGAAAAAAAAAAAAAGAAGAAAUCUCCAUUUUUAGCUUUAAGCUAAGAAAAGGUGCUUCAGUCUAAUCCUCAUUAAGAUGUGUGGUGAACUGUCUUCAGUGGUUGUUGUGUGUAGCACUUUGCUUUUCCCAGGUUAAUGAAACGCCUGACCAAUACUUGUUUAACAAUGAUCUCAUCAAAGAAUGUCGUUCUUUCUCUUAUGUUGCCUCUUUGUUUUGUUUUUGUUCAGAUGGUAUGUAUGAUUUGCUCAUUUGAUGCAUUAAGUAUAAUUUAUGUACAUUUGACAAAUUUAAAAGAAAGAAUAAAUUUAUUUCUCCCACUAUGUCUUCCUCCCGCCCCCAAUGUUUUGUUUCCUGUGCAGGAGGGUCGGGGAGCAAGAAAAAGUUUAUUUUUGAUCUAGUGUUGUCUACAAUGUCUGAAUCUGCGUUUGCAAUGAUACUAAUUACUAAAGCUUAAUUUUACAGCCUCCAACAUGCAAACCUUUCAACUAUUUAAUGACUUAUGUCUUCUUGGAAAAUUUCAAAGUACUGUAUAUGUAAUAAAUGCCAGGCUGUAAAAUAAAGCAUUACUUUGUUCUCUAA